GCCGUGCACUUUGUAACGGAGGAAAUUUUGUGUCGUUCGUUCGAGAGGGGGAGCCACAACGAGUGUGAGUGUGAGUGCGAAAGAGAGGGCGCGCAAAUCUCUGCUUGAUAGUACGAGAAAUCGAUAAGAGCCAGCAGCUGAAGUGGCAGUGGAAAAGGAAGAAGCAGCAGCAGCAGAGAAGCUGAAAAGAAGUGCGCGUGUGUGUGGGUGUUGUCGGCAAUUGUAAACGAAAAUUUCAAUUUAACGGCAAAUCAAUAUGGAAAGAGUAUAAAAAGGAAAAUGCCACAGAGGAAAAUCAGCACCAUUGCGACGCAAUUGCUUUGAGAUCCCUAAGAGAGGCUAAUAUUUAUAGUAAGGAUAUAGGAGUAAGCAGGGGUAAGCACCUGCAAACAACGCACAAAAUGAUGGAUAAGAAGGAGCAACAAAUCGCCUUGGAUGCAGCAACAAUGCGAGCUUCCCGGGAUAUCCGGCAGUUCCACGAUCUGAUCACCUGCGGCAUUUGCAGGGGCUAUAUGAUCGAUCCAACCACAGUGGAUACUUGCUAUCACACAUAUUGCCGCAGUUGCAUACUGAAGCACCUGCUCCGCAUGGUUUACUGUCCGGAUUGCAAGGCCAGCGGCGGCAAGGAGAUCAGUGAAACCAAUCUCAGAUCGGAUGACACUCUGCGAUCGCUGAUCUUUAAGCUGGUGCCAGGUCUUUACCAAAGGGAGUGCAAGGAGCUAGAGGAGUUUGAGAAACAGCACGAGGAUCUGGUCGAUGAAAAUCAACCGCCACGUGAGCAGGAGUUCUUCACCGCCACAGAGCUUAUAAGUUUAUCCCUGGAAUAUCAUCCCGCCAUGUUGGACCAGUGUGGUCCUGGCGAGGUGCCACCCAUUAUUUACCUGCAAUGCCCCGCUGGGCUGCGCGUGGAGCUACUUAAGCGAUUUCUGUGCUCCAAGUACAACAUCGAGGCGGAGAAUAAGCUGGUAGAGGUGGAGGUCACCUACGAGGACGAGGUGCUGCCCUCCCAUUUCACGCUAAUGGAUGUGGGAUAUUGCUAUAAUUGGAGUCGGCAAUCGCCGAUGGCCUUCUGCUACCGGAUUCUGCUCCACGAGAGCGAGCGGACAAAAAACGAUGAGAAUAAUCUGUCUAGGAUUAACCAGGACAUUGAACCGGAGCACCCAGUACCACGGAGUCGCUCCAAGUCGGCCAAAUCGGUGACCUUUGCCGAGGACCUGGAGUCGGAAAUGGAAUCACCGCGCUCCAAGACCGGACCAAGGAGCAAGACCUCGCCAAAGGUAUCGCCGCAGGCGAAGAACAAGCGCUUGGCUGUUACUUCAACAACGACGUCGAUGACCAAGCGGGAACUGGAGCUAGAACCGGCGGCAGUGAGCAGCUUCAAGAGCCUGCGGAGCAAUGAUAUGCGUUACAGCGACUAUGCCGUCUCCAAGGUGAAGAGUGAGCCGGGACAGGAGCAGGAUCAUCAUAACCAGACCAGAGAGCAGCCACUGGAAGCCAACACAAAUAUAGUGGUUAGCAUUCCGCCCUCGCAGCUGGGCAAAUCCUACGUAGAUGCCGAGGAUUUCGAGCUGAAGACGGCCAACCGUAAGGGCGCUGCCGGUGGUCACUUGCCCAAGCUCAAGAUUGAGCUGACCAGUAUGAGGAGUAAGCUGAGCAUGCCCAUGUCGGCGGGUCCCCGGCUAGAGGAUACCUCCUCCUCCUCGGCAGCCAGUCAACAGCUGGAUCUGGAGACAUAUGCCAAGAACAUAGGCCUGAAGCCCAUCGAACAGCCCUCGUCGGUUCAGGUUCCCGAUAGCAAAUACAGUCCCAAUGCCUCGCCCAUGUCUUCCUGCUCCAGCUCCACGAACGGCUCCAGCUGCAGUCUGGGCACUGCGGAUGCCAGUACCUCCACGGGCUCCUCGAGUUCGCAUCGCAAGCGUAAGAAGAAGCACUCCAAGGAGCCAAAGGAUGCGAAUGGUAAGCGCAAGAAGCUGCAUGCGGAGAUCUCCUCGCAGACAGAUGGCAAAAUGAAGGUGAAGAUCACCACCAAGCACAAGGUGGACCUGAAGCGUUCCCAUUCCCUGGCCAGUGCCAGUGAGUUGGCGCUGCAGCAGUUGAAGCUGGACGAGAAGAUGCUGGCCGCCACCACCACAUCGGAGGUGCUCCUUAAUCGCACUCUGGGCGAGGAGGCGCGCAGCAUUAGUAGCUUGGUAACGGGCGGAGCACCCACACCGCCGCCCACGCCCACAGCAGAGCCGGAGGUGCAGGCAAUGAGGCCCAAGGAAGUGGCUCUGCCCACUUCGCCGCCCUUGCCGCCCAGCUUGUUCAAGGCUUUUACGCCCACGCCUACAACGACAGCGGCGGCAGGUUCUCCUGCUCCUGCCACUUCUUCAGUGGCUCAGAUGAAGCCAAAGCCAACGCCUCAGCAGCAGCAACUUCAACCUGUCCAGCCCCAGUCGAUGGCCAAUAAGAGCCUAGCCAAGCCGCCGCUUAGUAAUAACAACAACCGGAAGCCGGGAAGCGGACACUUUGUGGUGCCACAGGCUCCCAGCAACAACCGGAAUAUGCAUCACAUGCAGCGCUACCUAUCCACGCCGAGCUCCAUUGCCAGUGCGGCCAACAAGCAGCCGAAGCGGUCGCUCUCCCUGGACGAGUCCCAUCCGGCCAAGCAGGCGCGCCUGAAUCACAACCAGGCGCAGGCCAUGGCCAUGUCCAGCUAUGCGGCCAAAUUCCAGAUGCAGCCGGGGUGCGGCAAGACGGCGGCGGCCUCGUAUCUGCCCAAUCCCCAGCGAUUGUACGGACCCGAGAUGGUUGGCAAGCCAGCGGCGAUGCCGCUCCUAUGUCCCGCCAGCCUAAGUCUCAGCCUGCCCAGCACGACGAUGAGUAGCGGCAACUCGGUGACUAUUACGGCCCGACCAAGGACAACACCGGCGACUGGGGCCUAUGCCUUUUCCGAGGCCAACAACAUGAGCCAUGUGCCCGCAUUGGAAAUAGUUCGAUUGCCAUCGAGCAAGCAGCAGCAUCAGCAGGGCCAGAAGAUGACGACGAUGCCACCGCUGAUGGGACCACCAACAGCUCUGCCCAAGCAUCAGGGUCACAACAGCGGAGCGGCCAAGAGGAGCAGCCAGUCGCCGCCAAUGCCGCUGCCAUUGCCAAUGACCACGAUACCGACGAUUGUCAAGUCGCCGCCGCUGUCAGUUGCACUUAGCGGGCAGAGGAGCAGUAACUCCCACUCCACCUUGAAUCCCGGCAAGAACAGCAACAAUGCGGCUUAUCGCACAUCGCCGCCUGCAUUAAUAAAUCUGCGCAACACCGCUCCAUCGUCGUUUCCAUCAAAGUCGAGCAGCAGCAAGCCAGACCUGGCCAAUUCAAAGAAAUCCCCGCCAGCCGUGGCUCCGGCCAAAGCCAAUGGCUUGGACAAGAGCUCGAAAACGAGUUUGCGUGAGUUUCGGCCAGCGACGGGAGCACCCAAGGAUGCCGACAUACUUGAUUUAUCAGCGAACCCGGGCAGGAAUAGCAGCAGCUUAAGCAGCUCCAGCAGCAAGGCGCCCACAUCGCCCAGGCCCGAGGCGGCGGCGGUCAAUAGUAGCAACAGCCUGGAGGCUGCCCUCAACAAGAUCAAGCAGAACAUAUCCGCCAACAGCAAUGGUGGAGGAGCAGUAUCAGGAGGAGGAGGAGCACCCACCACCACCUCCACCUCCUCCUCCUCGGGCAGCAGCAGCAGCAAUGGAACUGGCGACGAUCUUCAGAAUCUGCAUAUGCUCUCGGAAUCGGCGACAGCCCGCGAGAAGAUCUCGAUUGCCAAGGCAGGCAACAACAACAACAAUAGUAGCAGCAAUAACAACAACAACAACAGCAUCUUUGAGGGCAAACCCAAGAAUGCCAAUGCAGUGGUGAGGCCACAGAAUGCCUCCGUUAGGAGCAUACCCAAUCCCUCGGCUCUGGCCUUUCGCAAUCAGCCGGUGGUGGCCACACCAUCAGCAGCCACAACCUCUGCGACCAUCAGCAAACCCCUGACUGUGCGUGCCGAGGAAACGAGGCCCAAAAUGUCAACAGGGAACACGGGAUUGCUCAGUCCCACCAGCAGCAGUAGCAGCACCUCUGGUGGAGGCAGUGCAGCCACCUCGCCACGGGCUUUGACCAAGAAGCCAACAACCAUCGAUCAAGUGGCUGCCAAUUUAAAUAUUCGGGCCGAGGCCAAAGCUGCUGCUCUGGCGGAGGAGGCGCCACCCGUUCCCAGCUGCCACGAUGCAGCGAAGUCGCCGGAGCUGGCCAAGACCACAACGGCAGCGACAGCACCACCACCAGCCGCUGCCAAGGAACCGAAGGAGACAGCCAUUACAGUGUCGGCGGCCAGCACCCUGCUGCCGGAAUCACUGUCCAAGCCGCCCGUACAAAUCGCCGCCACCGACACUUUGGCUCCGGUGGCAAGUUCCGCUUAGUCACAAGCGUUUCUUUGGCUGUGCGGAACGCAAAUGUAUCUUGUGGCGCCGCUGGAGAAUCUACAAAACACGGACAACAACAACGGCAACUGAGGUGAUGCGGUGCAGCGCACCUGUAGACGAGUAGCAAUAGUAGAAGCAGCAGCAAGCAAGAAGUUUUCCAACCUCGCUCCCGAAGAAAAAGUGCAAUUUAAGUAAUCAGUAAACAAGAAAAUAAGCCUUAGAACUAACCCGAAAUAGCCUCAUAUAGACAAGCAAUAUCUACAAUACAAGUAUACAAAAGCUCUAGGGAAACAACAACAACAACAUCAACAACAACAAACAACAAGAAGAACAACAUUUUUGCAUGUGCAAAUAUUUGCAAUCGAAUUAGUACGCGUCUAAAUAAAUAAAUAAAUAAACCGAGCAACGUUAAAAAGUGCCAGCCAAACAAAAUUCAUGAAAUAAAUAAAAAAAUAAUCGAGAGAGAGACGCGCGGCGGGGCGGCGGAAUUAAUAAUCAAAAGCAGUCGCGUCAAAAGCAGCAACAACAAAUUAAUUAUAAAAAAUAUAUCAACAGAAAAAUGUGUGUGCUAAAACCGCGAUAAGGUCGCACACAAACACACAAAUGCCUUUUUUGAUAGACACAGAGAUCUUUGUGUUUUUGGGGAAAGUCCAAGUAGAAAUACAAAAAAAGAAAACCAAAACGUAGCAAAAAUUAUUUUCAAGUCAAGCGCGAGCGAUAGUAGAAACCACUUUUAAAAACCAAAACAACAAACUGAUAGGAAAAGCGAAAUCGCAUCAGGAAUAUUUGAUUACUUACAACGCUCCGGAAAAACCCCCUGACGAAGAAGAAGAGGUGUGAAAAUUCGGUGGUGGCGUCGCGGUACUCUCUCGGUUGGUUAGGAUAGGAUUGGAACUGUGUGUUGUGGCAACCCACACGGCAAAGAUACACUCGAUACACACUCACACACACAGUUGCACGUUUCUCGGCUGGCGAUAAAAUUUUAACGAUUUUGCGCCGUUUUGAGCGAGCGUGUCAAGCAUAAAGAUACAAAACAAUACUCGGCAAGGCGAAAAAUGAAAUAAAAUAAAGCAAACAAAAACAAAAACUGAAUAAUAACACACACACACACAGCAACUGGCAGCACACAUGCGUAUAUUUAUACAAAUACAUAUAUAUCUUGUAGAUACUUUUUUCGUAUUAGUUGUUUAAGCGAGUUACGUUUAAUUGCAGCACGAACUUUGUACAUAAAUUUCAAAUCGAAGCCCCAUUGAGAAGGGCAGCAAAAAACAGAAGCAGAUAACAGAAAACUAAAAAAACAAAAAAAACUGAGAAAAACCAGCACCCAGCACACACAAAUGAAGAUACAUUUGAAUUUUUUAGAGCUUCGACCAAAAGAAAUACUAUAUAAUACGGCACAUAUGGACAUAUUAUUGAUGAUAUACUCCUCCUCUCUCCUAUAUAUAUUUACGAUAUUCGUACACAAGGCUUUAGGUUCUUCGUACACAUCUACACUUUGUCUCCUUCUUGCUCUUAGCCGAUAUCUAUAUAUAUAUACUUUUUGUUUUUGUUAUUUAUACUUAUACCGCAUCUGUACAUAUUUUUUAAGCAAAGAGUGUAAAGAUUUUUAUAUAAGGGGGAGAACGUGUAAAACCACUAAAUUGUAUGAGUUUCUAGAGGGGCAUAGUAGCUGGGCCUUUGGAAUGGAGGUAAAUCCACCCCGUGUCCAUGUCUAUUUCCGAUUGCAACCCCCUGAAGUCGUGGCAUCCCCUGUGAUCACGCGACAAAUUAACAUAAUUUCCAGGCAAUCUAACAAAUUGAAGAACCCAGGACUCAGACCCAGCUAUACCCCAUUAUUUUUCGGCUCGACUCUCCUGAUUGUUGUAUACUUAUUUAUUCCUAUUAUCGAUAUAUAAUAUAUAUAUAUAUUUCUAGUUGUAAAGAUCGCUCGAGAUAUUGUACUGUUCCGGAAACCUUAACUAAAACUAAAAACCUAUUGAAUACUUAAAUAUAAAGCUAAAGAAUAUUAUAUGUUUAGAAAUCUGAUUGUAUGCACGUCUUGUAUAUGUAAUAUUGUUAGACAACAACAAACACAACCCUCGAAAUGUAAUCCAAAACACACACACACACUAAGUUAAAUUAGCUGAUUUUCGACAAACAAUAAACACAUGAAAAUGGAAAGGAACAACACCCUGUAUAA